AUGAUGCCCGACAGUGCAUCCAUAGUCUCCUCGAACCUCGCCCGCUCCAUCUUCCCCCAGGGCCCUAGCUUUACGCUCGAAGACUUCUCCAGCCGGGAUUUCAUCGUCAAGGAGUUCAUCGAAGCCCUCUCUGACACCGCAAUCUCCCACCGUCGCUCCACUGCUGGAACCGCCGGUGCUGCCAACCAGCCCUUCGAUCCGAAACCCCUCAUCCGCACCUUCGAACAUGCCCAACGCCGCCUGGGCGAGCUCUCCGGUGAUCUGGAGAUCCGCGAGAAUGAGCUGUCAGCUGCAGUUCGGCGCGCUGAAGCCCAGCAUUCGCAGAACCUGACUACCCUCGGCCGCAAACUUCGACAGACGAUCGAGUCGUUCCAGCAGCUGGACACGUCACUCAAUGGCGCGGGACUGGAGAAUGCCGGCGGUACGGGGAAUAUGGCAGUGGAAACGGGAAGGAGGCUGGAGGAACUGGACCGGCAGCGCCGCCGAGCUUUGGACGCUCAUUUCUUGCUGGAGUGCUGGGACGGCGUGUGCAAUCGCGGCGAGAUCUCGCUUCUGGAGAACCUGCGACGGUCUGGGACGGCUGAGGCCAAGGUCCGCUCCGCGCAUAUUGCCCGGCAGCUGUUGCGCAUCAGCCAGCGGCUUGAUCCGCAGAGCUGGCAGGAAUCCUCUAAGCCAGUCAACGGCGCCUACGGGGGGAAUUCCUCGUCUGAGGACCUGAGUGAGCACAGCCCGCCGCGCCGGAAUACACGGGAGAUAAUUGAGAAGUUCUCGGAGACUUUGGAGAAGGACCUUCUGAAGCAGUUUGACGAUUUCUACCGCAAGGCGAAUUUCGAAGGAAUGAAGGAUUGUGCUACAGUAUUACAGGAUUUCAAUGGCGGGUCCAGUGCGAUUGCGCUGUUCGUGAAUCAGCAUCAAUUCUUCAUUGAUAGGAGUCAAUUGGUCACGGAGGAAGUGGGCGGGGAUGCGGAAUCUUGGGAGAAAAUGGCUGAUCCAGAUGCGGAGCUGCCCGGCGUUGAACCGAGCCUGCAGUCCUUGUUGGAUGAAGUCAAGGUGGUGGUGCAAGAAGAGUCUGCGAUUAUUCGACGCGCGUUCCCUUACUACGAACAAGUGCUGGGCAAGUUCCUGCAGCGAGUCUUUCAGCAAUCGAUUCAGCAGCGCCUUGAAAUGGUCCUAGACAAAGCGAGUGGGGUCUCAUCAUUGGCGUUCCUACGAUGUCUGCAGAGCUCGCGAGGCUACAUCAGCGCGCUGGUUGAUGACUUGAAGGCGCAUGGGCUGACCGAGCAUCCGGAGCCCAUUUCUUCCCAGACAGCCCUGCUCCUCGACCAGCAAUUAGAGGAGCUCUUUGUGCCCUACUUUGUCGGGUCCUCCUACAUUGAGCGCGAGAAGCGCACCCUAGAGGAGCUGUUUCAUGCGAUCUUGUUCAAAUUCACCUCUUACCACGCCCGUCGGAAGAAGGCCGCCACCACCUUUAUGGCUUCCUUGGCCCGCCCCGGCACCACAGAGCUGCUGUCCACCACUCGUGAUGCGUUCAUCAGUCGGCUCGAUUCGCCUGAUAUGUCCCCCAUUCAGCGCCGGAUGCUGCUUCAAAUAGCCAACAUCGGAGAAGUCCCCGAGACCCAGCGGCUGACGGAAAUUAAACUCGCCGAGGAGGAUGGCCAGCCCAACCUCAGCGACGCCAAGCGCAUGCUCAAGUGGCUGGCGGAGGCCGUGGGCCGUGGGCUGGAGCUGAGUGUCAACACCGAUACCCACAAAGACGUGUCGGCUCUCUUGAUUCUGCUCCUGGCUACCAUGGGCGAUGGCUACGUCGACGUCUGCCUCGAUGCUGCCAUGGAGGCAGCCACCGCGCAGGAAUCGGGUAAGACCGAACCCGACUUUGGAUACCUCCUGUCUGUGCGGACGACGAUCAGUAUUACCACUUUGAUGGUGAUGUGCGUCAAUGCGGUGCUACUUCCCCUAGCUGCGACGAGUAUCACCACUCGUCGCGAUAUGGAAAAGCGUACGUCUCAGACUACCUCUCGCAUUGAAGAGAAGAUCAACACGAUCGAGCAGAAGACGAUCGAUGCCACUCUGGCAUGGGUCAGUCGCCUGCUGUCGGGUCAGAGGAAGAACGACUUCCGACCUCGCGAGAGUGACAAUGCGGCAUGGCUGGAGAUGUUGCAAACACCGACCUGUGCCUCGAUCUGCACGUUCCUGACCCGGCUGCACAACAUCGCCCGCGCCUCCCUCCCCUCCAGCGGAUCCAACGUUCGCCAAGUCCUGACGGAAAUUGCUCUUGGGACGCGCGGGCUGCUGCUGGAGCACUUCAAGCGGUUUGCCGUCAGCGGCCCGGGCGGGCUAAUGGUGACCAAGGACAUGACGCAAUACACCGACCUGCUCAAGUCGUGGGACAUUGACGACGAGGUCAAGGGCCCCGGGGGCGCGCUGGACGUGCUGCUCGAGGUUGGCAGCCUGUUUGUCAUUGGUGCCGAGGCUCUGCGUGAGCGCAUCCGUGGCGGCGCGGCUAGCGGGGCCACGGGGGGCUCGGCUGGGCCUGGUAGGAGUGCGGGCGGCCAGAUGGAGGCUAAGCUGAGUGUCCAAGAAGUGCGGGCGUAUGUCUCGCGUCGGGAGGACUCGAAUACCAUGGCUAUGCAGCAGGUUCUGAAUGCCUUGUGA